AUGAUUCAUAGUUGGUAUCAAUUUAAAUGAAAUAGUGGAAAUGUUCAAGUUAUGUUAAUCAUAUCUAUUAAGUUUCAAAGAGAGAUCUCAGUAGGAAAGGUGAUAGUUCAUGAAUGAUUCUCGCCGUUUUUCCCCUUCAACUACUAGUCCAUUACAGCAUAACUGUUGGUGAGGAUGGUUAUGUACUCCGUAGAAGCUAAAGUGCUAAUCUACCUCUUUUCUUCUUUCUAACAUAAGUGUAUUGGGAGGGGUUAAGAUCUAAAACAUAAAGUAAGACCAUUGAUCUAGUCUUUUCGUGAGUUUCCCGUCUAUGUCAAGGUAUGAACCAUGGAGUGUAGGGACUUAUUGGAUGGUAAUGAAGAGAAUAACUCAUAUCCUUGUUUAGGAGAGCAAUUGAUGCUUUCUUAUGCUUUUUACUUGGCCUUAGACCUGCCUUAAAUGAAGCAGUUGUUCGGUUAGAAUUCUAUCGGUAUUGGAGCUCGCAGGAAAAUAUUUUACCACAGGAUUUCAAUAUUAACUGGUAAUACAAAGAAGGGCUAUAGCUUAUGCUAUAGCAUGGACUCACACAAGAUUGUGGGAUACAAUGUUACUGGUGCUGAUUCGUCCUAUAUAUCUUCUCAGCAUACUUCUUCACCAAUUCCAAACAGAAUAAUUGGACCGCUGAAGUUUAGUUUUAGAAACUCUCCAAGUUCACCAUUCUCACCUCCCUUCGAUUGUGAUACUGUCACUGCAUUGAGUGAUAGCCGAGAGCAACACAGCUCGAGUGAGAGUCUCUCGGGAAAAAGCCCUUCUUGUAAUUCAUCCCUUGAAACUACCAGUUACUGUCAAAGGCUGAACUCAAGUCCUUCAGAAGAUUCCCAUCAGACUGCUGUUCUGCGGACUUCUAGCGGGACUUUGUUUUCUCAUAAAACAGAUUAUGAAGUGAACAUCAGACGUGUCUUACAGGAGCUAGAGACUGUUCUUAUGGGUGAUGAAGCAGUCGGAGGAGGAAGCCGACAACCCCAAAUCCCAAGUCAGAGACUGGGGUCCUGGAACCGAGAGCCACAGGGUUCACUUGGGGCUCAAGCUCAGUCAUCAUCUGCUUCUGGGGAAAGAAGAUCAGAGGAAGGAGGUCAGAGUGAGAAGCGCCACAAGGCUGUUGAAGAAGAAAUCCAGCAACUUAAAAUUCCGUCUGGUAAUCUAAAAGAGUUGUUAAUUGAAUGUGCAAGGGCAUUAUCAGAAAACAGAAUAGACGAUUUUGAAAAAUUAGUUGAACAAGCCAGGGGAGAGGUCUCGAUCUCAGGACAGCCUAUACAACGCCUUGGUGCUUAUAUGAUUGAAGGGCUAGUAGCAAGGAGGCAAUCAUCAGGAAACAAUAUUUACCGGGCUCUUAGGUGUAAAGAGCCUCUUGGAAAGGAUCUGCUUUCUUACAUGCACAUCCUUUAUGAAAUGUGUCCUUACUUGAAGUUCGGCUACAUGGCUGCCAAUGGAGCUAUAGCGGAAGCAUGCAGGAACGAAAAUCGUAUACAUAUUGUAGAUUUCCAGAUAGCUCAAGGAACCCAAUGGUUGACUCUCUUGCAAGCUCUUGCUGCAAGACCUGGUGGGGCACCGUAUGUGCGAAUUACAGGCAUUGAUGAUCCCGUUUCUCAGUAUGCUCGAGGGGCUAGCUUGGAGGCAGUGGGGAAACGUUUAGCAGCUCUCUCCGAAAAGUAUAAUAUACCAGUUGAGUUUCAUGCUGUACCAGUUUUUCUUCCUGAUGUCACAAGGGAAAUGCUCGACGUGAGGGCUGGAGAAGCUUUAGCAGUGAAUUUCCCUUUACAACUCCACCACACACCUGACGAGAGUGUUGAUGUGAACAACCCGAGGGAUGGUCUCCUAAGAAUGGUGAAAUCACUAGCUCCUAAGGUAACCACUUUAGUCGAGCAAGAGUCGAAUACCAAUACUACCCCUUUCCUGACAAGGUUCACAGAAGCACUUAAUUACUACUCAGCAAUGUUCGAGUCUAUUGAUGUGACUAUGCCUCGAGAUAGGAAGGAACGAAUCAGUGUGGAGCAACACUGCUUGGCCAAGGACAUUGUCAAUGUCAUUUCUUGUGAGGGAAAGGAAAGAGUAGAGCGUCAUGAGCUUUUUGGGAAAUGGAAGUCCAGAUUUACAAUGGCCGGGUUCCAGCAAUACCCCUUGAGCUCAUACGUAAACUCCGUGAUAAGAGGACUACUUCGGUGUUACUCAAAACACUAUACAUUGGUAGAGAAAGACGGCGCUAUGCUAUUAGGUUGGAAAGACAGGAUGUUGAUAUCGGCUUCAGCUUGGCAUUGAUCAUACAGAUAGGAAGAAAUACAGAAUCAAGAGACAGAAGUUAAAAGUAACUGAUGAAAUUUAUUCUUUUUUCUCUAGAAUUCUUUUUGCUUAGCAAUGACGACGAAUUUCUGUAUGAGAUAGUAUGAACUUCUCACCAUUGUUGUUUUAUGUAGAGAUGUUCAAUAUUGUAUUUACAGUGUGAUGCAGGGUAUUAAUGUUUAGGACUAACAUAUUUGAGUUAAUAGUUUGUUGUAUAAUAGGCUACAGUUUAUUU